AUGCCCCUGGCACCGUGGGGCUCGGUGCGCGUCCUGACGCCUCUCCUCUGCCCCUCUCCCUCCCAAACCGCAGGCUCCAGCCCCUCCGACAAGUUCACGGCGGUCAUCCGCGCCGUCUCGCCGCCGUCCCAGCCCGUCCUCCGGCUCAUCCAGGCCGUCUCCAGGUCCCAGUACUGCGCGCAGAUCCUGGUGCUGUGGAGCUGCGAGAAGCCACCCCCACCCACCGAGAAGUGGCCCCAAGUCGCCGUGCCCCUGACCGUCAUCGAGGGCAGGACGAAGCUCAGCGACCGCUUCUUCCCCUACGCGGCCAUCCAGACGGACGCGGUGCUCAGCCUGGACGAGCACAGCAGCCUCUCCACCAGCGAGGUGGACUUUGCCUUCGUGGUGUGGCGCAGCUUCCCUGAGCGCAUCGUGGGCUUCCUCGCCUCCAGCCACUUCUGGGACGCCGAGCGGCAGCGCUGGGGCUACACCUCCCGGUGGACCAACGAGCUCUCCAUCGUCCUCACCGCCGCCGCCUUCUACCACAGGUAUUACCACAGCCUCUUCACCGGGUACCUGCCCGCGGGGCUGCGCCAGCUGGUGGGCGGCCUGGCCGCCUGCGAGGACAUCCUGAUGAACGUCCUGGUGGCCGCUGUCACCAAGCUGCCGCCCAUCAAGGUCGCCCAGAGGAAGCAGCACAAGGAGGCCGUGCCCCAGCAGCAGGUGAAGGGCACGGCGGCGAGCAGCAGCCGGGGUUUCUCGCAGCAGCAGGACUGCCUCAACCAGCUGGCGGACUGGUUCGGGUACAUGCCCCUCGUGUCCUCCCAGCUGCGCCUCGACCCCGUGCUCUUCAAGGACCAGGUCUCCGUCCUGCGUAAGAAAUACCGCCACUUGGAGAGGCCCUGAGCCCCCCCCGGGCACCCCGUCCCCAUCGCACGGACCUCGCGGGGAGCAGCGGAUCCUUCCCGGAGCGAGCGCUGGGGUGGCUGCCGCCGGGGUUUUACUCGGUAUUGGGUUUUACCAGUACAAUAAAGGGCAGGGGAAGCACGGGGAUGGACGCAGGGUGAGCAGAGUCUGGCUGGAGGCUGCAGGAUGAGACAGCUGUGCCCAGUGGUGGCACAGCAGCGGCCCCCGUGCCGCCACCCCCAGCACCUCGGGGCCGUCCUCAGGUCUUGGUGGUGGCCGCUGCGUUCCCAGGCGCGGUCCCCAGGCACUGGCAGCACCCAGGAAGCUGCGUCCGGGGCUGCCCCACACCAGCCGUGUCCCCGCCGGGUGCUGCAGAGGUGCCCGUGUCCCUGAGAUUGCUUCGUGCACCGGGCGCUUCUGCCACCGUCCCCACCCCGCGAGCAGCAGGGAGGGGACAGCGAGUGCUUGAGCUUCCCAGAAGCAAACAGGGGCGUGAUAAGAGGUGAGAGCAGGGCAAGCGUCCUCCCUCCAUCCUCCCUCCCCAGGCUGGGACGGACCCAGAGCACCCGGGGGCUCCUCCCCGGGCACCCCUGUACCCCCUUUUUUCCCCCCAAAGUGAAAUAAAAGGGAUUUUUCA